AUGGCUCCGCCUGAAGCUGGGAGACGGAAUCCCACUGUCUUGGUAACCGACUCUCGUGACCAACAUUCUCAACGCCCAGGUCGACGGACAACUCAGCCUGCCACGCGUCUCAUCACGGUCGACAAUGUCCUUCAAUAUGCCUCUGAUAUCCCAUCAAUGCAACAACGGCGUCCCAUGCAGCAGCGUCCACAGAUGCGGCCGCGCUCUCGUCUUUCGGCGUCUACGGGUAUAGUAGGCGGUGCCUCCGGGUCCAAUGUUUCGCUAGGAGGGGCCAUUGGCGGUGUCGGUGGGAAUAUCGGUGGUGCAGGUGGUGCAGGAGGUCCGUUGGGUACGGCUGGUAGAUUGGCGGCUCAGGCUCGAUUACCAUCUCGCUCGACGAAAGUAAGUGAGAAACUGGUCCUAUUGCCGGAUCUAGAAGAUACGGAAGCAGAAACAGUUGGUCGUAUUGGUGGCGAUGGAGGAGAUGAAGAUAUACUCUCUGCACCGGUGGAUGAGGAACUCGUGCGCAGGAUUGCGGAAGAAAGAAACAUGGACCCGGAUACGUUACGACGACGGUUACAGCUAGCAGCAUCGCAACGUCUUCAGGGAGACUUUGGAGUCGAUAAUGAUCUUGCUCCUUUGUUGGCGGAAGAAGAAAUCCUGAGACAACGAUUAGUCCCGCUGGAAAAGGCAAAGAGCUAUGCGGAACGAUUACCGAAAGCUCGACGAGCGGAGAAAUUACCCCGUGUUACGGCAUAUUGUACUGCGCAAGGAUUUAAAAUGGGUGCUACGGCUUCUUUUGUCAAGGAGUGGCAUGGAGCUAGGACGAAAUUGUAUGAUGAUUGUCUUUAUACUGCGUAUCACUUACCUUUACUUCCUGGUCGAGGAGGGUAUAGGUUACGCAGUAGUCCGGUGUUGAAAGGGGCUGGUGGUCGUGUUGUUUUGGAUGAGGAGAUUGAGCGUAAUGAGCGGAGGGAUUAUCAUGAAGAGUAUUACGUUGAGGAGCAUGAGCAUUCUGUUGGUGGACGGCGACCAAAUCAGAACACUGAAUCUGGGGAUAGCGACAGGUCUCAAAGUGAUCAGAAAUCAGACGCACAAGAUACAGAUUCAGGUGACAGUCGACCUGCAAGCAGCGAACAACAACAGGCAGACUCGAAAUCCGAAGCAGAGCAUAGACCUUCUUCUACCACGACAUCGACCACAUCAACAACAACAAAUCGACGAAUUCCAUCAAACGUGUUCAAUUACGCUGAGAUGUUCGUCUUCAGUUACGGAGUGGUCGUAUUCUGGAACUUUACCGAACGACAAGAAAAGGACAUACUCGCCGACCUUACAUUCUCCUCGUCUGGCACAGGCCAGCAGAUUCCAUUGGCAACUCUCCCACUUGCAGAAGAAGAUAUUGAGACUGAAGAAUUCCAUUUUGAGUACUCGACUGAGAUAUCUCGACCCCGGGUAUACAAUGAUAUGAUUACACUGCGGUCGAGGGACCACAUGAUCAAACUGGCGAUAUCGCACGGAAUAGCUCAAAGCACGAAAUUGUGUUUCUUUGAAGAGGCCAUGUCCAAGGAAAUGACGGAAGCGAAGGAUGUUCCGCGUCGACUUGCCAUGACCGGGAAACUGGGUAUGAAGCGGGAUGAAGUAUUUCGGAUAUUGGGUCGGCUGUUUAAGAGUCGUGUUGAGGUUAAUUUGUCAUCGAAUAUGUUGGAUGUACCCAAUUUCUUCUGGGAGUCUGAACCAACUCUUUACCCUCUCUACAUUGCUGUACGAGAAUACCUCGAGAUCAAACCACGUAUUCAAGUACUCAACGAGCGUUGUCGAGUAUUUCUCGAUUUGACCGAAAUCCUCUCUGACUCUAUAGCAGACAAUACCGAGUCACACCAAACAUGGAUCAUCAUCAUCCUCAUCAUAAUCUCAAUCCUCGUCACGACAGGAGAAGUCUUUCUCCGUUUCGGCAUAUUAUCGAGUAAUCAUGCAACCGAGAACCCGGCCGGUCCAUCUUUUGUCUCUUCUUUGAUGAUGAAUCUUCUCGGGCGGGAUUCCUCUUCAUCAUCGUCGAUGGGAGUUGGUGGGACUUGUGUUUCCACGGAAGGCUCAUCUACUCUGCUACACGAAACUGCCCUUCUCUACGUCAAAGGAUGGCAGUUCACGGUCCAAUUCCAUCAGCCUCCUCCCCCAACUCCCGUGGUAAGAGACAACUGCAUAAAGACCAAAAUCGACAUAGAAGAGCAGCGAAAGGUUACUUCUGUGGAGACUGCGAUAGAAAGAUGUCUCAAACACCCUCCCCUUCAAGGCGGCGGAUGCGAUUCAUUCGCCGUUCGACUAGAAAUAGUUGACACAUUGCAGGCCAGAGAUGGUCGUAAUGCGCAGGUUAUGGUUGUCCGAGUCGUGUACAUCGCUUUUAGGAAGAUGAUCGACUUGUCGCGAAAUUUUAUGAUCCGCUUGAUUUUAAUGAUGAUGAUGAUGAUGGCCGUCUUAAUCCUUUUUGUGCCUGAAGCGACAUUACACACAAAUCUCGGGCAUACAAUGUUCUUUCUUGGAAAAGAUAUACCACUCUUUUAUGGAUCUCAUUCCCUGGAAAGGCCGGCUGUAGACGGCCAUUGCACAGUCCGACUCAUUCUUAUCGAGAAUAUACCCUUGCAGAAUAUAAACUCCGAACAGCUCACCCAAAAACGUCGCCAAAGCAUAAUGCACUCAAUCAUCGCUUUCGAAAGCCGGGCAUACGAGCGUGACAUCCUCCUAGCGGAUUUGUUUCGCCGAAAUAUAAUCCUAGCUCAUAGCCUACAUGCUGACUCUGUCCAGAGUGACAUAAAAGAGAAAGACCGCCUUGUUUCCACUGACUUUGCAGCAGCUAUCUUUGGACGGAUAAGGGACGAUCCAGUCACUCUAGAUUACAAACCGAAUCCUUUUCUUGGAGAGUAUAUUUCCUUACUCUUACGAUGGAAACAGAGACCAAGUUAUAAUUUAACGACUGGGUGGAUUGGGAUUGGACGCCUUAGCUUGAGAAUGAGUUUGGGUAUACUGAUAGACAGCAUGACUCCCUUGCAAUAUGAUUGCAAUGGACGCUAUUACUAUGAAAGCAUCUUAGAUGCUCAGGGUCUCGAUAGGGGUUCCUAG